CCCCGGCGUCCCUUUGCCGCCCAGCCCGGCGGGCGCCGCCGGCCGCUGCUGCUUCUCCCCCCGCUCCUCCUCCGUCCGCGCUCCGGUGCAAAUCUGGGGAGCCCCCCCUUCUUAUCUUUGCAACAUCCCCCUCCCGCCCUUCCCAGGAUUGCACGGGGCCCGGCCGGGAUGCAACAGCCCUAGAAGCAAAAAAAAAGGGGGGGGGUCAGGUUUGCAACUCAAUUUCCUGCCCCCCCUUACACCCCAAUCUCAGCCAGGCCCUAGGGAUGGUGCGGAGGGGCCACUGGAAGGACAGGACGGGCCCGUGAGCUCCCGCGGCAAACACUGAGGGUCACGGGAGAGCCGCCAUGGCCAGCGCCUCCGUCAAAGUGGCCGUGAGGGUUCGGCCUUUCAACUCCCGGGAAAUCAGCCGGGACGCUAAAUGCGUGAUCCAGAUGCAAGGAAAAACCACCUGUAUCACCAAUCCCAAGCUGACAAAAGAUGCUCCCAAAAACUUCACCUUCGAUUAUUCUUACUGGUCCCACACCUCGGAGGAGGACCCCAGCUUCGCCUCCCAGCGGCAGGUGUACCAGGACAUCGGGGAGGAGAUGCUGCUUCACGCCUUCGAGGGCUACAACGUCUGUAUCUUCGCGUACGGCCAGACCGGGGCCGGCAAGUCCUACACCAUGAUGGGCAGGCAGGAGCCGGGGCAGCAGGGGAUCAUCCCCCAGCUGUGUGAGGAUUUGUUCGCCCGGGUCACCGAGAACCGCUCCCCCGACCUGUCCUACUCUGUGGAGGUGAGCUACAUGGAGAUCUAUUGCGAGCGGGUGCGGGACCUGCUGAACCCCAAGAGCCGGGGGAACCUGCGGGUUCGGGAGCACCCCAUCAUGGGCCCCUAUGUGGAGGACCUGUCCAAGCUGGCAGUCACCUCCUUCGCCGACAUCGCCGACCUCAUGGACUGCGGGAACAAGGCCAGGACCGUGGCCGCCACCAGCAUGAACGAGACCAGCAGCCGCUCGCACGCCGUGUUCACCAUCGUCUUCACACAGAGGAGACACGACGAGCUGACCGACCUCGACACUGAGAAGGUCAGCAAAAUCAGCCUGGUGGAUCUGGCCGGCAGCGAGCGAGCUGAGUCAUCUGGCGCGAGGGGCAUGAGGUUAAAGGAAGGUGCGAACAUCAACAAAUCCCUCACCACGCUGGGGAAGGUGAUCUCUGCCCUGGCCGAGAUGCAAAACAACAAGAAGAAGAAAUCCGAUUUCAUCCCUUACCGUGACUCGGUUCUCACCUGGCUGCUCAAGGAGAACCUGGGCGGUAACUCCCGCACGGCCAUGAUCGCCGCCCUGAGCCCAGCCGACAUCAGCUACGAGGAGACGCUCAGCACCCUCCGCUACGCGGACCGCACCAAGCAGAUUCGGUGCAACGCGGUGAUCAACGAGGACCCCAAUGCCAGGCUCAUCCGGGAGCUGAAGGAGGAGGUGGCCCGGCUCAGGGAGCUGCUCUUCGCCCAGGGCCUCUCCGACGCCCCCCUCCCCGGCGGCUUGAAGCGGGAGGAGCCAGACAGCCGCCCCCCCUGUUCCUGCGCUGCCCUACGACCCCACGGCUGAGCCCCAGCCCCCCGCCCCCUCAACGGGGGGUCCGAGCCCUUCCCCACCCUGGAGGAGCAGGUCAUCUGCACAGAGGAGGCUAUGGAGAGGCUGCAGGAGACGAGAAAAUCAUUGCGGAGACUGAACGAGACGUGGGAGGAGAAGCUGCGGAAAACCGAGGCCCUUCGGAUGGAGAGGGAGGCGCUCCUUGGCCGAGAUGGCGUGGCCGUGCGAGUAGACGGUGGCACAGUGGGGGUCUUCUCCCCAAAAAAGACCCCGCACCUGGUGAACCUGAACGAGGACCCGCUCAUGUCAGAGUGCCUGCUGUACCACAUCAAGGACGGUGUGACCAGGGUGGGCCAGGUGGACGUCGACAUCAAGCUGACGGGGCAGUUCAUCAACGAGCAGCAUUGCCUUUUUCGGAGCCGCACCGGCCCCGCGGGGGAAGCCAUUGUCACGCUGGAGCCAUGCGAGGGGGCUGAGACCUACGUCAACGGGAAGCAGGUGACGGAGCCGCUGGUCCUGAGGUCAGGUAACCGCAUCGUGAUGGGCAAAAACCACGUUUUCCGCUUCAACCACCCGGAGCAGGCGCGGCUGGAGCGGGAACGCAGCGCCCCCGCCGAGCCCCCGGCCGAGCCCGUCGACUGGAACUUCGCCCAGCGCGAGCUGCUGGAGGAGCAGGGCAUCGACAUCAAGCUGGAGAUGGAGAAGAGGCUCCAGGACCUGGAGAACCAGUACCGCCGGGAGAAGGAGGAGGCCGAUCUGCUCCUGGAACAGCAGAGGCUGUACGCGGACUCUGACAGCGGGGACGACUCGGACAAGCGCUCGUGCGAGGAGAGCUGGCGGCUCAUCUCCUCGCUGCGGCAGAAGCUGCCGGCCACCAACGUGCAGAGCAUCGUGAAGCGCUGUGGCGUGCCCAGCAGCGGCAAGCGGCGGGAGCCGCUCCGGGUCUACCAGAUCCCCCAGCGCCGGCGCCUGGGCAAGGACCCCCGCUGGGUCACCCUGGCCGACCUGAAGAUGCAGGCGGUGAAGGAGAUCUGCUACGAGGUGGCGCUGAACGACUUCCGCCAGGCCCGGCAGGAGAUCGAGGCCAUGAGCAUCGUGAAGAUGAAGGAGCUGUGCCGGCUCUAUGGGAAACGCGACCCCAACGAGAAGGAGAGCUGGCGGGCCGUGGCCCGGGACGUCUGGGACACCGUGGGGGGGGGCGAGGAGCCGGAGGGCCGUGGCGGCGGGGGCGCGAACCCGGCGGUGGACGACCUGCGGGCCCACAUUGACAAGCUGACCGACAUCCUGCAGGAGGUCAAGAUCCAGAACAACAUGAAGGACGAGGAGAUCCGGGCCCUGCGCCACCGCAUGGUGAAGAUGGAGAGGGUCAUCCCCAUCUCCCAGGAAGAUGGGGCGGACGAGGACCUGGAGAACGACUGGAACUCCCCACUGUUUGAGGCGGGGCUGGCGGACGAGGCAGGGUCCCGGGACCGGGCGGGGAGCCCGGAGUCCCCGUGCGCCCUGGAGGAGCCGGAGCCGGAGCGGAGCUACGCGCGGGUGUGCCGGCUAAUGGAGCAGGACCCGGCUUUCCGGCGUGGCCGCCUCCGCUGGCUGAAGCAGGAGCAGGCCCGGCUCCAGAACCUGCAGCAGCAGCAGCUUGGCAGGGGCCUCCGGCGCCAGCCCCACGCCCCCGGCAAGUUCGUGCCCCCCCAGGACUGCAAGCUGCGUUUCCCCUUUAAGAGCAACCCCCAGCACCGUUACUCCUGGGGUCCUAACAGCGCCUUCAUGGUGGCCGGUGGCGAGGAGCCGGCGCUGGAGGGCGAGGGCCUGGGGCAGGAAUCAGCCCCGGGGUCGCCCCGGCGCCCCUACAGCCCUGGCGGCCCCCAGCACAAACACUGUAGCCGGCAAUCGGCCCAGCGUCCCCACCGGCGCAACUCCCUGGACGGGGGGAGCCGGGCGAAGCCCUCCCGCCCCGGCGCCCCGGAGCACUACCAGUCCCGCAAGCACAACUAUUACCCACAGCAGCACCAGCCUUACCCGCAGCACCGCCCCCACCUGGCCCCCCACCAGCCCUACGCCGCCCCACCCCGCAUGCGCCGCCAGCGCUCGGCCCCCGAGCUGCAGGACCAGGAGACCCUGGUGUAACCGCUGCCCCCCAGGGAGGGCUGGGAGGCUGCCUCUGGAGUGGAGGAUCAUGGGGAAAAUCAGAGUCUGCAGCCAAGCUGCGGAGGAUCAUGGGAAAGUGAGAUGAGCCGCAGAGGAGUAUGGGGAAGCCAGGGGGUGAUGGCGGUGCUGCACAUGAUCGCUAUUAGGGCAAGCCACAGGGGCUCGUGGGAAAAUCAGGGAGUGGAGGAUCAUGGGAAAUUGGGGCGGGCCCCAGAGGAUCAUGGGAAAGUUGCAGGGGGGGUAACUGUGGAGCUGCAGAGGAUCAUGGGACACUACGGUGAGCCACGUUGGAUCCUGGGACAGUUGCAGAGUGGAGGAUCAUGGGAAAUCAGGGUGAACUGCAGAGGAUAAGGGGACAUUAGGGCGAGUCACAUUGGAUCAUGGGAAAAUCAGGGAGUGGAGGAUCAUGGGAUAUUGGGGCAAGCCAUGUGGGCUCAUGGGAAAAUUGCAAAGUGGAGGAUCAUGGGAAGUCAGGGUGAACCGCAGAGGAUCAUGGGGAAAAGCGGGGAGUGGAGGAUUGUAAGAAAUCAGGGUGGGUUGCAGAGGAUCAUGGGAAAUGGAGCCGGGGACAAGUCGCAGAGGAUUGUGGGAAGUGGGGACGGGGCUGGUGAACUGCAGAGGAUUGUGGGAGAUCAGCUCCCAUUCUGGGGAUGGGUGGGAAACUCUCCCAGGAGCCAGCCGACUUGGCCCUAUGCCCCCAGGGGUCUCUGGACACUGGUGCUGGGAAGAGUCUGGGGACCCCUGGUCCCAAAGGCUCCCGCCCCUGGGGGUGCAUUGCCCACCUUGGGCCCUGCUCACCCAAGGACAAUCAGGUUAAUUGUAACCCCCCCUUUCUGGUCGCACCCGGGAGGGGCUGGCCUGGCCACCCCACCCCAUACAGCCGCUACUGGAGGGGGCUGCAGGGCAUGGAGCCGGAACAAUUGGGGGGAGGUAAAUGAAGCAGGUGGAGGAGCGGCCAGAUGUGGGACUGGAGCUGUAGGGGGAGCCAGGACUCCUGGGUUCUCCCCCAGCCUCUGGGAUGGGUGUGGGGACUGAGGGGUUAGAGCAGGGGGGCUGGGAGCCAGGACUCCUGGGUUCUUUCCCCAGCUCUGAGAGGGGAGUGGGGGCUGGUGGGCCCCAGGACUUGCAUUUCCCUGGCUCUGGUUGUGGGGGGGCUGGUGUCUAGACGUGACUCUGAAGAGAUGGGUCCUGAGCCUUUAAGUGGGGGGGGGCAGGGGAGUUCACAGCUGUCCCCCAGUCUUGCCCCCCUUGCAUCAGCAAAGGUCUGGCUGAUUUCCAAAGUCUCCAGUACCCCCCAACUUUGAGGUCCCCCCUCCCCACAAUGGGGGGGCAAGGGCAGAGAGGGACAAGAGCCCCCCCAGUGCAUGAAGCCCCCACACCAAGACAUUCACUGCCUUCAGGAUCCCCCCUCGUGGUGUCCCCCCAUUUCAGCCUCCCACCAACUGUGCAGCAUGACCCACCCCAUUCAGGAACCAACUCCUGUUCCCCUAGAGCCCAGAACCCCAGGAGAAGUUGUGGCCUGUGUGUGUGUGUGUGUGUUGGUGUUGUAUUUUGUGCAUGCUGCUGACACCCCCACCCCUCCGUUCUCUGUGGUUGGAUUUAUUCUUUGGGGGGGGCAGGCCCAGGAAUUAUAUUGUGCUGUCCCCCCCCCGUAUUAAACGUGUAAACUGCC